CAGCUGCGUCGCCGCAUAACGUCGUUUGGCACUUGUGUCGCGAUACAGCCGGCGACGUUUAUUCACAUCAUGGUCAACCCGGCUAACGUAUCGUCUAACGCGUCCUGGGGCGAUGGAAAUGGCACCGUCGCCGCCAAUUCUUCCUCUUCCCACGGAGUCACGUCGAUUCUGUACCUCUAUCCCCACAUCGCCAUCCCAACCCUGGUCGCAGGGGCGGUGAUCUUCCUGGUAGGAGUUGUGGGGAACGUGGUGGUGGUCGCCAGCGUGCUCCGCUUCAAACAGGGCGGCAUAUACUUCUACCUACUGAGCCUGUCGGUCGCCGACUUGCUGGUCCUUCUCUUCGGCCUGCCUAUAAAAAUCGCGGAGUGGUUCUUCCUGUCCGAGUGGGUGCUGGGAAAGGCCAUGUGUAAGAUCCUGGCGUAUCUACAGAUGCUGUCUUUCACCGCCUCUGUCAUGACUUUAACGGCUAUUGCAAUCGAACGGAAAUUUGUGAUCCUGAACCCGGUGAAGGCCCGUACCCAGCAGGGCAGACACAGAGCGUACCGGGCGCUGCUGCUGGUGUGGGUCAUCUCACUCAUCCUCAGCUCACCCAUCCUGUACCCUGCGACGACGAGGCUGUUUGAAGGUGGAGACGGUGAGCAGGUGUGUCACUGUGUGCACGCCUGGCCGGCCCCGCUGUACGGCCGCCUGUACGCUGUCUACAACUUGGUGGUGAUACUCGCGGUGCCGCUAUGUGUCAUGACGUACAUGUACAUCCGGUCUGGGCACGAGGUCCUGGUCGCCAGGAAGGGAGGCUACCAGGGGACCAAACACGGACGGAAAGACCGGAACAUCUUUCACAUGAGGUGUCUCAGGAAGAUUUGUGGGAAAAGAAGUCGAGACCCCGUGGAUCCAGACUCGGACAAUGUCUUAACAGCUCACAGACGGGGAACCCUCUUGAAGGUGAUCAAGUUCAUGAUAGGCCUGGUGGCGGUCUUCACGAUCUGCUGGGCGCCUCUCCUCAUCUACAACCUGCUCAUCAAGUUUGAGGUGAUCUCUCGCUACACCCAGACGGCCUACAUCCUGAAGCUGGCACUACAUCUCCUGGCACACUCCAACAGCUGCGCAAACCCCGUCUGUUACGCCUUCCUCUCAAGACAUUUUAGACUACGUGGAAAGCCGCCCAGCGGCAACUGGAUGGCCAGUCGGUCAACAAUGCUGAGGGCCACAACAACCGGCAGCGGGCCAGGCAGGUCCAAACCGUCCAUUCACAUGGACAGAGCAACCUACUCACCCAGCAAUUUGAGCAGAAGCACGGGGUACACGAGCAGCAGUGCCACCUACCCACGUCGAUGGAAUAGCAGGCACGGUUCCCCCAAAGACAGAAGAACAUGUAAUGUUACAAGCAGUUCUAGUUCAUAUGAGGGCGCAAAACUACAUGUUACACUCCACCGCACAUGCUCGCUUACAAUAGAAACGACAUCCAAAUAUCCAGUAGAACCAAAACAUGGAACUGGGAAAGUCGACAGCAGACAGUACAAGUCUGCGAAAUUUAGAAGACGACUUCAGUUAUCUGACAAUCUAUCCGAGAGCGGAGUAUUUGGCGAACAAGAUCAAAACUAUGAGUUAGCAACUAUUGGAGAGUUAAGUAACCAGGUCCUAAAACCAGUUCAUUUUGAAACUUCGGUGUAGAAGGCAAACGGUGAAGUGACGUGGGGGAAAUAUUUCUGUCAUCAAACCCUGUAAUUUAAUGUCGUUAUCUGUUGUUGUCAUCUUGUAUGUAUUGUUUUCAGUAGACUGGG